AGAGAUUACCCAUGGUUCGUCAUAUUGCGAGUAGCAGAUUGUCAAUCAAAAUAAGCAUACAUACAUGACAGAACAACACAUUUCGGUAUUCCUGUGGGUCUGCUCCUGGAAAGGUGUUAAUUGUUAACAAGAAAUUCACAAGGGCUCCUGCUGAAGCAAAAAAUGACGAUAGAAUCAUCUUUAUUGGGAUAUCAUUAUUAAUUAAUACUCUUUUGAUAUAUGAUAUACGGUAUAUGUGCAUAUGUAUGGUGCUUGGGCAAUAUUCGAGUUCAUGAAUCAUGAUUGUGAUCAAUUCUAGUACCCCUCCUAUCUUCCUUCUGUAAACAACCGUACAAAAAGGGAAACAUGAAUUCCUUCCGAUUAUUACUAAGUCCUUUGGCAAGCCAUGCUCGACUAUGUCGUCGUUUUUCUCAAACUCAAAUGACUGACAUUCUUCCGAAAGAAGCACGAGUUGUAAUAUGUGGAUCAGGGAUUGUUGGAAAUUCUGUUGCUUAUCAUUUAGUCCAAAAAGGAUGGACUGAUGUUGUAGUCAUAGAUCAGGAAGAUGGAAUAGGGAAGGGAACAUCGAUAUAUGGUUCUGGAGUUCUAGCUCUGCUUAAACCGGUUGAAGAACAACAAAUUAUUAAUAAGAGUAUCGCACUGUACAAAAAAUUGCAAGCAGAUGGUCACGAAAUAGGUCUGCAAGAAUGCGGGAGUAUGUACCUGGCGCAAAACAGGGAAAGAAUGGUACUGUUUCGGAGACGAGCUGCUUUAAAUCAACCUCAGGGGAUAGAUUGCAAAAUAAUCGGGCCAAGAGAAAUUGCAGAUAUUCAUCCGCUGGUAAAUACAUCCGAUCUUCAGGGCGGAAUUUAUGUUGCGGCUGAUGUCGUAGCACACCCAGUUUUACUAUGUCAUGUCCUAGCUGAAUUAGCCCAUAGUGGUGGUGUUAGAUUCGUCGGGAACUGUCAGUUUCUUAACUUAUCCACACGCCAAGGUCGUGUGUCUGCGGUUGAGACAUCUUUAGGAACUAUUAAGUGCGAGUAUUUUGUUAACUGUGCAGGAAUGUGGUCUUGGGAGUUAGGACAAAAAUGUAAUCCCAAAGUUAGGAUUCCAGUCCACCCAGCCGAACACUAUUAUUUACUGACAGAAUCUCUUAACAAACCAUUACCCGGAGUACUUCCAACAAUCCGUGACUACGACUCUGGAAUUUAUAUUAGAAAAUUGGAGAAUAAUUCCUUUCUGAUGGGUGGAUUUGAGAAGGUAGCUAAACCGGUGUUCACUAAGGGUAUUCCAAAAAACUGGAAAGAUUGUCUUUCAAGUGAUUGGGAUCAUUUCGCACCCUUGUUAGACCGUUGCCUUCAUAGAGCUCCUGUUUUAAGAGAAUGUGAACUCAAGUUUCUUCGAAAUGCGCCUGAUAAUUUUACUCCAGACGGAAAGUGGAUUUUAGGGGAAGCGCCCGAAAUUGACAACUACUUCGUUGCAGCAGGAAUGAAUGGAAAUAGUCUGCAAGGUGCUGGUGGAAUCGGACAUUCAUUGGCUCAUUGGAUAACAGAAGGCGCUGCAGAUAUCUGUUUAUUAGAUUUUGAUGUCCGGAGAUUUAUUGAUGUUCAUAAUAAUAGGCGAUUUUUAUAUGAAAGAGUAAAAGAAGUUGUAGGGAGACAAUAUGCUAUUUUGUUCCCAUUUCAAACCGAUUACAAAAGUGCAAGAAAAAUUAGAUGUUCUCCUCUAUACUCAACUUUAAGAAAUAAAGGAGCAGUGUUUGGCAACAUUAUGAGCUUUGAAAGGUCGCUGUACUUUGAUCUAGAACACGAAGUUGGGAAAGAUUCCGAAAUGCCUCCAGGCACCUACUGGAAACCUCACUUUUUCGAAAACCUGAAGGAGGAAUAUAAAAAUUGCAGAGAAGGAGUUGGUGUGAUUGAUAUGUCUUCGUUCAGCAAAUUCCAGAUAACGUCUCCAAAAGAAGAAGUGGUGGCUUUUCUUCAAAAGUUAUGUGCUAAUGACAUCGACAUUCCGGUUGGACAUGUGAGUCCAUCAGGAAUGCAUAAUGAACAAGGAGGUUAUGAAAAUGACUGUAUGCUUAUUAGAGAACAACCUAAUUGCUAUUUCAUGGUUGCGCCUACAAAACAGCAAACGAGAAUUGCAGAAUGGAUGGACAGACAUUUGCCUCAAAAUGGAUAUGUUCAAAUUAAUGAUGUAACUUCAAUGUACACGGUUUUGCUUAUCAUAGGGCCUAAAUCUCGAGAAGUGCUUUCGCAGCUAGUUGACGAUGAUGUCGAUUUGAAAAUGCUGCCUUUCACUUAUCAGAUGGUCAGUCUUGGACACUCACCUAAAACAAUAAAGCUGGUAUCGGUUACCAAUUCUGGAGAGCCUGGGUACUCACUGUAUAUCCCUUCGGAAUAUGCAGUUCAUGUCUAUGAUCAACUGAUGAAGGUCGGAAAAGAUUAUGGGAUUAAAAAUGCGGGUUAUCUUACACUUCGUUUCUUAAGAUUAGAAAGGUUUGUACCGUUUUGGGGAGAGGAAUUGGACAGCAGGACGACACCAAUAGAGAUAGGUCGAUCAAACCGAAUAAAAUUCGACAAAGGAGACUUUAUUGGAAAAGCUGCUCUCCAUAAACAAAACGAGCAAGGCCACUUUCGUCGCUUGGUACAUUUUACAAUGGAUGAUGAUCAUGAUGUCGAAAACGAUGUUUGGAUGUGGGGUGGAGAGCCCAUAUUUCGGAACGGAGUUUACGUUGGAGCCACCACUUCAGGGGGAUACGGUUUUACAUUGGAACGAAUGAUAGCGCUAGGUUUUAUUGUGAAUAAAGAUUAUAAAACUGGGGAGCUCUUACCAGUGACAAACGAAUAUGUGAUGUCCAAGGAUGCAUUGUAUCAAAUUGAUAUUGCUGGACGUCGAUUCACCGUUAGACAAAGCCUCCAUCCACCAAGGCUCCCAGGAACGCAAGUAGUCCAAUCCAAAGACUAUUCACCGACUUUAAGAGACAAAUCGAUUCUCCAGCCCCAUUCGCCAGAAACUGACUGAGAAAAAAUGUGAUUCACCACGAUGCAAUAAUACACCUUUCCCAACCGACUGACCUCUCACUUCUACCUACUGCUAACAAGGAUUUACAUUAGUCAUUACUAAUAAAAUGAUCGCAACAGACAGACUCUGUAGCCAGUAACCAUACUUAUCGAUAGAUUAACAAUUCAAAUUAUCACGAGAUUAUUUUGCAAAUUAUCAUGUAAAAAUUUCUACAUAGAAUAGACAUCUAGUCCGUCGAAAAUAGUGCUCAAUAAAAUAUAUAAACAAAA